AUGCAUCUCAUAUUCUUAAUCAUUUUGAUGGUGACCUCAAUCUCCAUUGCAAUCCCAAUUAAAAAACUUCCCUCACCUCUUCCUGUUGUGAAACCAGUUUGUAUUGAGGAUGCCAACGGUGUGACCCAUUGCUUCAGUAAACCUAAAGAGAAUCCUCUGGACAAAAGUGGAAUAGUUUUUGAUGCCGAAAAGAGAGAAGAAGACCAAUGCUACUUAGGCAAGGACGGAAAGAUCCACUGCCUGCCAGAAGGCGACGGUAUUGUUUUUGUCAAACGUGGAGAAGAAGACCAAUGCUACUUAGACAAGGACGGAAAGAUCCACUGCCUGCCAGAAGGUGACGGUAUUGUUUUUGAUGCCGAAAAGAGAGAAGAAGACCAAUGUUACUUAGGCAAGGAUGGAAAGAUCCACUGCCUGCCAGAAGGUGACGGUAUUGCUUUCGAUGCCGAAGAGAGAGAUAAAUUAUGCAUAAAGGAUGACAAAGGUGUUGAGCAUUGUAUGGGAGACUUGGAUGGCCAAAGACCAAGUUCACGAACCGAAGAGAACUGUAUUUACUUUAAGCAGCUGGGUAAAAUAAUUUGCCUUGGCCCAUAUAGAAAAAGACCCGAAAUUGCCCCCUAA